GAGAGGAGGCGGUGGGAGGUUUGGAAGAGGGGAGAGUGUGGUGACACGGAAGCGACUUCAAACGCACGUGUCGGACGCGCGUGUCCCAUUCGAUGCACCUCCGAGGAAUUUCUUUUGGACUCAAUUCAUUGAGCUGCGUAUGGAUCCAGAGGUUCCGCCUCCCUUAGUUGACAAGGUCAAUGUGGUGGCAGAGAAUCCAUUAACUAGGUCUUGUCCUACUAAAAACAAUCAGAGAAAAGUUCCUAAAAGGGUUCACAAGGCCGUGAGAGAGAAACUGAAGCGGGAGCAUUUGAAUGACCUCUUUCUUGAGCUGGCCAAUGCACUUGAUUUUACUCAUCAGAACACUGGAAAGGCCUUUAUAUUGUGUGAAGCUAUUCGGCUAGUGAAGGACACAAUUGCUCAGAUUGAUUGCCUCAAAAAGGAGAAUGCAGCUCUGUUUUCUGAAUCUCACUACGUGAACAUUGAGAAGAAUGAGUUGAGAGAUGAGAAUUCUGUUCUAGAAGCUCAGAUUGAGAAACUUCAAACUGAGAUCAAAGAGAGAGCAGCCCUGUAUAAACCUGGCCUCAACUCUGCUCCCUCCGAAUUUCAGCAAACAGAAGUGACCCAACACUGUCCAGGAAGCUCCCUGAGAUUUCCUUCUGCAGAUCAAGCACUACAGCAAUCAUCUGUUGUGGGUCCUGUCCUUGUCGUCCCCUUCGCCUCUGAUCUCCGAGCUUAUCCUGAGGCAGACGCUCCCCGGUCAAUCUCAAUCGUGAGCAAGCCACAUGCCAGGUAUCCAACUCCAGGGGAUUCGUGGCCCUCUCAAGUUUUAGGAGAUCAGCCGACAGCCAGACAGAAAUUUUAGCUUAGUGGUAGCAUUAACAAUAGCAGUAGUUGCGGCAUUGGGGAAGAAGGCAGUGGUAAUGUGUAAGCUUUGCUGUGUUCAAUUAUAUGUAAUUUUGUAUAUUGCUAAUUGGCCCAUUGGGGGAGGAUGUAUAUUUCAUUAUAAUGGAUGGCUCUGCUUUGAUUUGUAUGGUUCA